CUUGUGCUGUUCAAGCAUAUACAGGCGGCCGACAGGGUGGACUUGUCGACAUGGAGAAGAUGUUAGUAGUCGUGGUGCUGUUGCUGGUGGCCAGGGUGAACUCUGUGACGGUUGAGAUCAGUACCCACUGGGCGGGAGGCUUCCAAGUGUCGGUUACCAUGCCCAUCGAGUGUAACCUGGACGGCUGGAAACUACAUCUCAUCUUCAGCGAGGACGUCGCCUCCAUUGAUAUAUGGGAAGCAAAGUCUCAGAAACUAAGCCCCCGAGAAUACGUACUUACAAAUAUGGAAUUCAACGGUGUCAAACAUCCGGGGGAUAUCUUGAAAUUCUCCUUCACGGGUCACGCUGCAGGGGACAUCAGCCCCACCGUCUCUGCCUACCUGGAGAACUGCGGGACGCUUCCUCCAGGUGUGACAACCACCCCGGCGCCACCCACGACACCUUUCCACACAGGUGGAGGCACGCCUACGAAGAACUACGCAGACGCCUUGGGCAAGUCCAUCCUCUUCUACGAUGCCCAGAGGUCCGGCAAGCUGCCGCCUGACAACCCCAUCCACUGGAGGGGCGACUCCGCCCUCAACGACUGCGUGGUGGGGGGCUGGUACGAUGCUGGCGACCAUGUCAAGUUCGGGUUUCCUCUGGCAUCCACCACCCAUCUGCUGCUGUGGGGUCUGCGCAUCUUCAAGGACGGUUACAUCAAGGCGGGGCAGCUGGACAUGAUGUACGACAUGAUCAAGUGGCCACUGGACUACAUGCUCAAAGCCUGGAACCCCAGCACCAAGGAGUUUGUUGUGCAGAUUGGCGAAGGCUACCCUGACCAUCACUUCUGGGGCCGCCCUGAGGACAUGACGAUGGACAGGCCGUGCUUCAAGAUCGGACCAGGCAAACCGGGAACAGAUGUGGCAGCGGAAACAGCCGCGUCCUUCGCCUUGGCCUACAUGAUCUUCAAAGAAAAGGGAGACACCUCAUACGCCAACCAGUUGCUGGCGGCAGCGGAAUCCAUCUUCGACUUCGCCAACUCGGAGAAGGGUAUCUACAGCUCGUCUGUACCCCAGGCCGGCGCCUUCUACUCGUCCAGUGCAUACAUCGACGAGCUGUGCGAGGGCGGCAUGUGGCUGUACAGAGCGACUGGCAAUGCCAAGUACUUGGAAAUCGCUAAGGCCAACGUUGAGACAGCCUGGGCCUGGGCUCUUGGAUGGGACGACAAGAAAAUAGUUUGUCAGUUCCUGCUGUGGGAGGAGACCAAGGAUGCCUCAUACAAGGAGGCUGUGGUCGGCUACUUUGAUGCGUGGACUGGAGGUCAGGUGUCAUACACGCCGUGUGGUCUGGCCUGGAGAGACCAGUGGGGUGCAAACAGAUACGCAGGAAAUACUGCGUUCCUUGCCUUGGCUGCUGCUGAAGCCGGGUUGACUCCCUUGAAAUUGCGGAAGUGGGCGAUCGAGCAGAUCAACUUCAUCCUGGGCGACAACCACCAGGACGGAGGCUGCUUCAGCUUCCAGAUUGGCUACGGCAGCAAGUAUCCCAGAAGCCCUCACCACCGUGGAGCGUCUUGUCCAGACAUACCUCAGCCUUGCUCAGAGGCCAACCUGCACUCGUCUGAACCCAGUCCACACGUGCUGGUGGGUGCCAUCGUGGGGGGACCUGACCUGGCGGGCAAGUACGAGGACAACCGCGAGGACUACGUCAAGAACGAGGUGGCCAUCGACUACAACUCGGGAUUCCAGUCGGCACUGGCGGGUAUUGUCCAUCUGCAGGUGACAGGCGACUUUCCACCGACAUCAAACAAAUGUCCUUGCACUGAGAGAAAUUAGAUCGAGAAUUAUCUGAACUGUUCGUUUAUAUUUCUAUAUGUAGCUGAUAAAUGGAUAAAAAAUAUCAGCUUCAGGAUAGGGCUGACUACUGUUUGAGAAAUUUCCCUAAUUUAAUUCAGAAGCAUUGAGAAAAAUGGACACCGCUGGGUUCUUUUGAAUUAUUAAAUUGCAAAACAUUUAAA